UGGGAAGGCUGAGUGGACUCAUGUAGGUUUUGUUGUGUGGUACACAGUGUAUACUUUCUGAACCUUUUAAAACCAAAAUCCUGAAUCAUGCUGAGCUUGGAUUCAAGACCAAAUUUUGAGGGGGAAUGAAAAUCUGGAGAUGACUGAAGACAGAGCGAGAGAGCAGAGGAGGAUCCAAUGAUAGCUGGACAAGUCAGUAAGCCCUUGCUGUCACUGCGGAGUGAAAUGAAUGCAGAGUUGAGAGGUGAGGACAAGGCAGCUACUUCAGACAACGAGCUGAAUGAGCCCCUGCUUGCGCCUGUGGAAUCAAAUGACAGCGAGGACACUCCCAGCAAGCUCUUCGAGGCCAGAGGAAACACAGUGCUGUCUGAUACAAGCCCAGGUGACCAGCACCAACCCAGUCAGUCCCAUCCUGCAUUCCCUGUUGGACCUCAGCCAUUACUGACAGCCCAACAGUUAGCCUCAGCAGUAGCAGGGGUGAUGCCAGGAGGCACUCCAGCCCUGAAUCAGCCGAUCCUUAUUCCUUUCAACAUGGCUGGGCAGCUGGGGGGCCAACAAGGACUGGUCCUAACUCUACCUACAGCAAAUCUCACCAACAUCCAAGGGCUGGUAGCAGCAGCUGCGGCAGGAGGCAUCAUGACUUUGCCAUUGCAAAAUCUACAAGCUACCUCAUCCCUGAACUCCCAGCUUCAACAGCUUCAGCAUCUUCAGCAGCUCCAGCAUCAACAGCAGCAACAGCAGCAGCAAGGGCAGCAGCAGCAGCAGCAGCAGCAGCAGCAGCAGCAAAGCCAGCAGCAGCAGCAAACUCAGCAGGCGCAGACUCCACAGCCACCACAGCAGACCCAGCAGUCACAGCCACAGCCAUCAGCACCACCACAGCAGAACCAAACGCAGUCCCAGAGCCAGAACCAACAGCCUCCAGUCCCACAGUCCUCCAGCUCCCCUCAGAAACCCAGCCAGUCACCAGGGCAUGGCCUUCCGUCUCCUCUUACUUCACCAAAUCCAUUGCACCUGGUUAAUAAUCCACUAGCAAGUCAAGCAGCAGCGGCUGCAGCAGCAGCAGCCAUGGGCUCAAUAGCAAGCUCCCAGGCCUUUGGCAAUGCCCUCUCCAGUCUUCAGGGGGUCACAGGUCAACUCGUCACUAAUGCACAAGGACAGAUUAUUGGAACAAUCCCACUGAUGCCUAAUCCAGUCCCCUCCAGCCAGGCAGCAGGUGGAGCUCAGGGCCUUCAGGUGCAACCAAUAACUCCACAGUUAUUGACCAAUGCCCAGGGUCAGAUCAUCGCUACUGUCAUCGGCAACCAGAUACUACCAGUGAUCAAUACCCAGGGAAUAACGCUAUCGCCACUCAAACCAGGCCAACAGCUCCAUCAGCCCUCCCAGACGCAAGUGGGACAAGCAGCCUCACAACCCAAUCUCCUGCAUUUGGCUCACAGUCAAGCAUCUAUGUCUCAAAGCCCAGUGCGUCAGGCUUCCUCUUCUUCCUCCUCAUCCUCCUCCUCUUCAGCUUUGAGUGUUGGCCAAUUAGUCAGCAAUCCUCAAACAGCCACUGGAGAAGUGGAUGGGGUGAAUCUGGAAGAAAUCCGAGAAUUUGCCAAAGCUUUUAAAAUCCGGCGCCUGUCCCUUGGCCUGACACAGACUCAAGUUGGCCAAGCCCUAAGCGCCACCGAAGGCCCAGCCUAUAGCCAGUCUGCCAUCUGCAGACACACCAUCCUGAGAAGCCACUUUUUCCUACCACAGGAAGCCCAAGAGAACACUAUAGCUAGCAGUCUGACAGCCAAACUGAACCCUGGCCUUUUGUAUCCUGCCAGGUUUGAAAAGCUGGACAUCACCCCUAAAAGUGCCCAGAAGAUAAAGCCGGUGCUUGAGCGGUGGAUGGCUGAGGCUGAGGCCCGCCAUCGAGCAGGUAUGCAGAACCUUACCGAGUUUAUCGGAAGUGAACCAUCCAAAAAGCGCAAGAGGCGUACCUCAUUCACGCCACAAGCCCUUGAGAUCUUGAAUGCCCACUUUGAGAAGAACACGCACCCCUCUGGGCAGGAAAUGACAGAGAUUGCAGAGAAACUGAACUAUGACCGGGAAGUAGUUAGAGUUUGGUUCUGCAAUAAGAGGCAAGCACUGAAGAACACAAUUAAACGUUUGAAACAACACGAGCCUGCAACAGCAGUUCCUAUGGAGCCCUUAACAGACUCUCUGGAAGAAAACUCCUAAAAGCGAAACAAAACAAAACCACACACAAAAAAACAAACCCUGCACCAACAGAAAUGUAACCAUUCGAACUCUGUGAAAAUACCUGUUCAUCACCCUUGUAAGUAAAAGACUGAGAAAACUACAAGAAGGACAGAACAGUUUAUAAAUGUCCAUGGGUUUUCCUAUAUAAAAACAAAACAAAAAACUACACAACACUUUGUGUGUGUGUGUGUGUCGUAGAAUUAGUUCCCCCCAAAAAAGAAAAAGCCAGUUUUUUUUAAAUGGACUUAAAGUAAACCAAAUAACUGCUUACUUUUUUCUGUAUAUUAUGAAAAUGUGAACACAUUUUAAGGAAAAAAAAAAAAAAGAAAAAAAAAAGAAAAAAAAACUUUUAUCUGUUUAAAAGAGAAUACAAGCCUGCCACCUGGAGGAGUGACUGUAGCCUUUCAGGUAUCAAGUGCUGAUUCACUAUGAAAACUAUUAACCAAAGUCAGAAACAUGGCAUUGCAAACUAGAUUGUUAGUCUACUCUUUUAUGGGUGUAAAAUUGUGUUAUGAUUUUUUACAUUUGUAUUUUGCAAAGAUGAAAACAACAGGUUAAUUUCUCUCAUCCUUGAUCGCACCCCCUGCAGGUGUGUACAAACAGGUGUUAAAGCCAUUCCAUCAUGGUCACCUCCUUUUCUUUUGUUUGCUUUUAGUCGACAGUUUUGCAAUCUCCAAGUGUUUGGGUGCCAAAAAUCAUUUGUUUUUAUUAUGAUUUGCGGGGUUUGGUAUUUCUCUUCUAAGGGUGUAAAUCUUGGUUUGCAUUUAUGUUUUUUGAUUUUUUUUUCUGACUCUUUUUGCUGCCUCCCACCCUGAGCUCAUCCUCCAUCCCUUCCCCAUACCCUCAUAACCCAAUACUGUUUGAAGAUUUUUAAAAAGAAAAGUGCAACCUAAACACUUUUAUAUUGAUAUGCUGAAAUGCAAUAGAGGACAAGGAAGGAUUAGAAUUGUGUCUGAUGAACUGUCAGCUCACACUGAACAUUGUGUUUAUUGUCAACUGCAUAUCUUGGGAUUUCUCUGUCCUUUUGGCCACAAACUGGAGAGGUUACCAAAACUCAUUUUGUAGUAUAAACAUAAACUACACACUUGGUUCAGUACUGCAUCUAUAUUAUAGUUCUGUUUGAAGCAAUUUCUCUCCAAAGUCUGCUAGCCAAAGAAAUUUCUUGAGACUCUGACGAAAACAAGCAGACCAAGAAGUGAUGAGGAUGGUCUGAUCAUUACUUUACUGUGGACUGCCUCGCUGGUAUUGCUUGGUUCCUUCUGCCUUUUUGGUCAUCCCAAUAUUUAUGUUUGCCCUGUUGAAUUCUUCAGUGGGAGGGUGAGUUUCUGCAGGUAUCUGCUAUGAUCACUGGCUAGAUUAAGCAAUCAGGAUUUAGGAAACCCAUUGAAUAUCCUUUGGGAAUAGUGAGGUUGGUCACCUGCAGUAUGUUUCAGGUGAAUUUUCCUUUAAAGACAACUUAUCUCUAUGACUUCCAUGUUGAUGGGACAAGCAUCUUCUAAAAUACUGUGAUCAUUGGACUUAGGAGUGUUCCAAGGCUCACAUGGAGAGAAGGGUGUUAAGGGUUCUGGAUGGGGUAUGGGUGACCCAUGAAGGUUACCUGCAAUUUUCGUCUUGUGCUGAUUUCUGCUCCAGCCUCUGGGCUUUAGCCCAUUGUUAGGAUGUGAGCUGCCUCAUGAUCAGGGCUUACCACAAGUUAACAUCUGGCAUUUGGUUCAACUUACUGUAGAGGCGGUAGAGUAAAAAUUCUGCUGGUAUAACUCCUGAUUGCGUUCGCUGACCUCAGGAUCAUUGUACUGGAUUUUUGCUUGUCUACCCGAGACAUUGAAGAAGGCUUACAAAGUGCUUCGGUAUUCAAAUAGCACCCCUCUUACAAAAUUAUGUUUUCAAGAGCUCAAAAAAGAUUAGUGAAAGAAAGGGGCUUCCAUUGAUUUCACUGGGCUUUGAAUCUGACCCUCGCUAUUUUAUUAAUGGGAUAUUUUAUUAAUGGGGUUUGCCUUGUAACAUGGGGUAUUUGCUGCAUGGCUGGUAGAGUUUUAAGGCUUCAGAGACAGUCAUCUCUGCCAGAAACUGCAUCUAAAUGUGAGCACUCCCAAAGGUCAGGGUUGAAGAGCACUGAGGAUCCAGUACUCAGGGCUGGGCUCAUGUCCAGUGAAUGCAUUUUAGGCUUUAAGCUUCAGCAGGGUAUGUUUAAAGAUAUUUUCAGUAUGCUUUUAUGAGGAGGAGAGUGUGAAUUGUUAUUGACUCUUUUCCAACUGUUGAUAUAUAAAUAUCUGUUGGGGAAAAAAAUAAUCAGUAACCACAGGUAAAUUGUGUGAGGGACAAAAAAGCCACUUUACCCAAGCUGAGCGUGUGAAAUAGCCUCACAGCAACAUCUGCCCCUCUGGGUUCUCUUUUUUCCCCCUCUAUCGAUGGAUACCUAUAUCCAUGGGUAUAUAUAUCUGUGAUAUCUAUACCAAACAGAGCUAAACUUAUAGCCACAAUUCGAUUUACAUAAUGUUCAGGAGACUACCCAGAAGCCAGCAGGGAAACAAGGAAGAACAAAUAUCAAUUUGGAAGUGAAUGCUCCUGAAGCCCUACCCAUGUAUGCAGUAUGCUGCUAAUUGUCUGGUCAUUAACACCAUGAACAUUUUACCUGUUCAGCCACCCUAGAGACCGUGUGCCCUCCCUUUGCUCCUAUCAUCAACAGCCUGGGAACAAAAACAUCAACCAUUUGUUGUCUAAAAUCUAAAUUUCCAGUUCUCCCAGGGACUGUGCUAAAUUUUGUGAUGAAAAAGUCCCCCAAGAAGAAAAGUUAGCUGAACGGUGUACAAAAGCUACUAAAUGUUUAAAAAUAUGCUGGCAGCAGUUAUAUAAGCUCUUUUCUGUUCCACAGUACAUAUCAGAAGGAUACAACUAGGACAGUGAAAAUGUAAACUAAAUAUAAAUCGCCAGCUUGGAAGAAAAAAUAAUGUUCAUCCCACAGUCUUAAAACCAUUCAUGUGCAGUGAUUUUUUUUUACAGUUUUCUAAUUUUGUAUUAUGUUUUGUAAAUUAUUUAUAAAGUGUUGUAAUGCUUCUUAUAUUAAUUUUUUUAUAAACAAAUUUUUGCUAUGAGGCAUAAAUGGUGCCUAAACAGAUUCUUAGGAAGACAAAUUAUGUGUGAGUCAUACAUCUUUUGGGGGCCAUAAAUAUUUUGUUUUAUUUUGUUAGCGGUAACAUUUCUGGUUUCCAUUUGUAAACAAAUUUCAUGUAUUGAUUACAUUUGAAUACCUUUUAAUUUUGCAUGUGACUAAAAGAUAGAUUGCUACCAGCAAAUGAAACAAAAGUCUCUUCAGUCAUAUGUGAAGGUUUAAUGGUUUUCUGAUUUAUUGAUCAUUGAAUUUUUUAAUAUAUAUAUAUAUAGAUAGUUAUUAUUUGAAUAAUGAACCAAGGGUUCACUUGCUGUUCUGAUUUUUUCUUUUUAUGUUUUUUUCACUAAAAAGUUAUUUUGGACAGUUGAAGAAAUCAAAUGCAUUCAAAUGGUUCCAGUUUCUUUAUGUUAUUACUGGAAAAAAAAAAGAAAAAAGAAAAAAAAAGAAAAAAAAGGAAAAAAAAGAGAGAACAAGAAAGCAAAAAGGAGCUAGGAAGGAACAAGUAGAGGCGUAUCAAAGAACUCAAGCUAUAACCAAAAAGAAAUAUGUAAAAUGCCUUUGCUCGUCUUCUCAAUGCUGGACCAAAGCUCAAUGUAUGUAGGUAUAUGCACAUUGUAUAGAUAUGGCUAAAUGUUGCUGACAAUCUCGCAAUACUAAACUGUUACUAUUAAAAAAAAAAAAAGAAAUACAAAAAUAAAACUGUUCAUCAGUGUUUUACCUCAGCACUCUACUUGUACCCAGUUAUUGACCAACAUUCAAAUAAGAAGAUAAGAGAGGAAGUUAAUUUCCAUGUCAUGGUUGACUGUAAAAUCUGUUUGGAUAACAUUUUGUAAUGAGCUUUUUGUCAUGUGGUUUGCUUGUUUCCAACUUGAGAUUAUGUGGGGCACAUUUGUUUAUUUAUUGUUAAAAAGUGAUAUUAUUAUUAUUAUUAUUAUUAUUAUUAUUAUUAUUACUAUUAUUAUUUUUUUUGUCCUAUGUGCUAUAAUCUACAGAAUGGUCACCAGGGUCACUUAUGAAGGACUGCAAAGAGAUCUGUUUUUCCAUGCAUGGAGCAUGCAGCGGGAAAGAUGGCAGUAUGAAAUGGACUGUAUUGCGUUGUUAAAAAAAUGCUAAUAAUUCCAAAAGGAGUUGAUGUGGUGGACUUGUGACCAAGAAACCAAACUGGAUAUUUAAAAGCUCCUUACUACUCUGACUUUGAAACCAAAGCUGAUUUAUCUGCACAGGUUGCUUAACAUGAAAAAAAAAAUAAAUAAAUAAAAAAUAAAAAACCUGACAAAAACUGUACUUAAUCUAGAGCAAUAUCUGUAUGGUCAGUAAAGCUGCACUUUGUGUAUUUCUUAACAGCUUCAGAUCUGUCACUUUUAAUUUGUACCAUAAAAAAUAAAGAA